AUUGUAGCAAAAAUAUAAAUAAAAAUCAUUCAUCCCACGAAACAGACAGAUUGCUUAAGCUGCAUGUGCUAUCUGCUUCUUUUGUAUUUUCUCGCAAAGUCUCCUUCUGAAUCUGUCUGAUUCUCUCACUUUCUCUCUCAACACAAAGUCAGACAUAAAUAAUUAUUUUAAUAUUAAAAUAAUUGGUUAGGCAAAUACAAUUUCGACUCAAAGUUUGUUGAAAUAUGUCAGUUCCACAAGCACCAGAGCCCUCUGAUUCUUUAACUAACUGUUUCUUCACCAUAAGAUUCUUAUCUCGCAUUCGACGGCGGCUUCGAUUGAAAUCGCCCAACAAAGAUUGCAAACCGGCGGAGGUGGCGGCGGAGCCUAUAGGUACGGAUAUGAUUACGUGUGAAGAAGCCAAAGGUGAUCAUCAUGAUCGCGACGGCGAUCGUAAUUGGAUGGCGGCGCUGAAAAAAUCCGUGAAGAUGCUUCAUUUUGGGAGCUGGGAGGAGAAAGAAGCGGCGGCGAGGGAUAUGAAGAAGCUGGCGGAGGAAGAUGUGAAGCGGAGGAGGACCAUGGCGGAGCUUGGCGUUAUUCCGCCGCUGGUCGCCAUGGUUGGGUCGGAGGUGGCGGCGCGUCAAAGAUUGGCUGUGCAGGCGCUGAUUGAACUCGCCAAUGGCUCUUUCACGAACAAGGCUCUAAUGGUGGAGGCAGGGAUUUUGUCAAGAUUGCCCAAUAAUAUGAGUUCGUUAGAGGAAACAGACAAGAGAGAAUUGGCAGAGCUUCUCCUAUCUAUAUCAGGCCUAGCCAACAGCCAGUUUCCCCUCAACUCAUCAAGAAUCAUUCCCACUACAGUCUGCAUUCUUGAAUCCAGUUCAAGCAUAGAGACCGAGGAGCUCUGCUUGAGCACAUUGUACAACCUCUCUUCAGUUCUAGACAACGCGCCGAUCCUGAUCUCAACCGGGGUCGUCACCAGCCUAACGAAGCUGUCCUCUGUGAAAGAGACCGCGGAGAAAAGCCUAGCAACCUUGGGGAACUUGGUGGUGACCUCAGCCGGGAGGAAGGCGCUGGAGCAGAACCCUACGGUUCCCGAGGGCCUCAUAGAGAUCAUGACGUGGGAGGAGAAGCCGAAAUGCCAGGAGCUGUGUGCGUACAUUUUGAUGAUCUUGGCUCAUCAGAGCUCCCUGCAGAGGCAGAAGAUGGCCAAGGCCGGGAUCGUGCAGGUGCUUCUAGAGGUGGCGUUGUUGGGCAGCCCGUUGGCGCAGAAGAGAGCUAUGAAGCUGCUGCAGUGGUUCAAGGAUGAGCGGCAGACGAGGAUGGGGCCUCAUUCGGGGCCCCUGCAGGUGGGGAGGAUAGCGAUGGGAUCGCCUCUCAGCGAGAAGGAUGCCGAGCAAGGGAAGAGGAUGAUGACCAAGAUUGUGAAGCAGAGUUUGUAUAAGAACAUGGAGACCAUCACGCGCCGCGCCAACGGGGAUGCUUCCAACCUCAAGGCGUUGGUGGUUAGCUCCAGUUCUAAGAGCUUACCAUACUAGAAAACUCACUCAUACUAAUUGGAUCAUGUUCUUUUUUUUUAUGAGGUGGGGUGGGGGGGGGGGGGGGGGUUGGUGGAAAAUGGUACAUACAAAGGAAAGAAUGAGUACCAAUGGUGGUUUGCACCUCUGGUGCAAUUACAUGUUUGUGAUUCUGAUUGUAAAUCAUGGAUGAAUUUUUUUUAAUAAUAAUUUUUGUGGUGUAUUCUUUUUUCA